AUGCAAGGUUUCAACAUGGGCAAAUACGUCCCUCCAGACGCCGAAGGCGUCUACUCGGGUAACCAGCUCAGCAAAAAGCACCUCUCGGUCAACGCGGCCUCCAAGCUCGCUUCCCAAGGAAUCCUAACCGUGCGCUUCGAGCUUCCCUUCGCCGUCUGGUGCGACACCUGCCAGCCUCACCCUGUCAUCAUCGGGCAGGGGGUCCGAUUCAACGCCGCGAAGAAGAAAGUGGGCAAUUACUACUCGACUCCGAUCUGGAGUUUCACCAUCAAGCAUAAUGCGUGUGGCGGGGAGAUUGAGAUUCGCACGGACCCUGCUAAGACGAGGUAUGUAGUUGUUAGUGGGGGGCGGGCGAGGGAUGAAGGGGAUUUGGGUGGUGGGGAGAGUUUGGUUAAACUGGGGGAAGGGGGGAAUUUUGAGAUCCAGACGGAAAAGGAAAGGCAGGAAUCCAGGGAUGCGGCUUUCGGAAAAUUGGAGAAGACGAUUGCGGACCGAGAAAGGGCGGAGGAGGCGAAGGUGAGGAUUGAGGAGUUGUUGGAGGUGCAGGAAAGGACAUGGGAGGAUCCGUACGAGAGGAAUCGGAGACUGAGAAAGGCGUUUAGGGUGGGGAGGAAGGAGAGGGAAAGAGAGGCGGAGAGGACGGAGGAUCUUAAGGAGAGGAUGGGGUUGGGGAUUGAGUUGUUACCCAGCACUGAGGAGGAUGAGAGGAGAGCGAAGUUGAUUGAGUUUGGGGGUGUUCCAGAUACUGCAUUGCUGGGCAGGGAUGAUGUGGUGCAGAAGGCGUUGGCGAGGCCGCUGUUUGGGGGUGAUGAUAAGAACGGCAAAAUGGAGAACAAAAGUGGGAAGAAGAAGGAUGGGCAUAAGGGGAAGCUCAAGUCGGAGAUUGUUGCUUCCAAGAUGCGGGAGGCGUUGGUCUCGGAAAUUGUUGGGAAUACUCGUGCGGCUAAGGAUCCGUUUCUCGACUGGGGGAGUAGGGAGUCGACGCCCAAGCCGCGAGGAGCUUUGAUACCGGGACUGAAAAGGAAACGGGCUGCUGGGGAGAAGACCCCCGAUCCACCACCAGCGGAAGCAGCAUCACAGACGACUGGUUCUGGCGCUGAGGAUGAGGGUGCUGGACAGAAGGGAAAGGAAGAGGCCAAAAGCGAUGAGGCGUCAUCAUCUGCGGCUCAGGCGACAGUCAGUAGCUCAACUACGCAGACGAGCAAACCCGGGCUCGUGGCUUAUGAUUCGGAUUCAGAUUGA